AGGCGUGGGCCCGGAGAGAGGCAGAGAGAGGAGUGAGGACGCUGAGAGGAGCUGACGGAGCAUUAAUGAGAUACUGGCCGUUUAGAGUUACAGGGAUGCAGUUUUAGCCAUAUUCCACCGCUGUUUUCAAGCUUGAUUUGCGGACUUGGAAAGCGCCAGAACUGGGACAGUUUUGCUGUUUAAGACUAACUUUAGUGGAUUAAUUUAUUCUGAAAAAUGGGCUUGGAACGUUUUCGCGUAAAGACGCCGGGGAUGGUAGCGCUUUUCGCACGCUCACUCCUUUGUAUCAUCGGGCUAUUACUCACUUUUUCUCAGCCUAUCUGCGAGGCGUUCAACUUGGACGUGGAGAACCCAGCUGUGUACAGCGGACCGAAUGGAAGCUACUUCGGAUACGCUGUUGACUUUUAUUUGGCUGAUUCUUCCAGUGUGAGUGUUGUGAUAGGAGCUCCAAAGGCCAACACAAGGCAGGUUAACGUUACACAGGGAGGAUCUGUCUUCUACUGUCCAUGGGGCCUCAGCCAAUCAGAUUGUCACACCAUCGAGUUUGAUACUGAAGGGGAUCGCACUGUCUUGCUAAACAACACAGAACAUCAGGUUGAUUUCAAGUCCCACCAAUGGUUCGGAGCCACUGUGCGUUCUCACGGUGACACAAUCCUGGCUUGCGCCCCUCUCUACUCUUGGCGGACUGAAAAGGACACCCCCCUUUCUGACGCUACAGGAACCUGCUACCUCUCAGCCCGCAAUUUCACCAAAUUUGUGGAGUACGCUCCCUGCCGCACAGAGAUCAGUGAUGCGGUGGGACAAGGUUACUGUCAGGGAGGAUUCAGCGCUGACUUCACAACGGAUGGCAAAGUUGUAUUGGGAGGGCCAGGCAGCUACUUCUGGCAAGGUCAGGUGAUCUCUGCAGCUAAGGAGGACAUUAUCGAAGCGUACUACCCAGGCUAUUUUAUACAGUCUGUGGAGAACCAGAUCCAGACCAAACAGGUCCAGGCUAAACAUGAUGACAGCUACCAAGGUUACUCUGUUGCUGUUGGGGAAUUCAGUGGUGAUCAGGUGGAGGAUUUUGUGGCUGGUGUUCCAAAAGGACUCAUGCUUUAUGGUUCGGUGUCUAUUCUGAAUGGUACAGAUCUGAAGACCAUGAUGAACUACACUGGCGAGCAGAUGGGAUCAUAUUUUGGUUAUGCAGUGGCAACGACUGACAUCAACAGUGAUGGGAUGGCUGACCUGCUCGUGGGAGCUCCCAUGUUCAUGGUCCGGAGCUCCGAUGGCCGUCUGGAAGAGAUGGGUCGGGUGUAUGUUUACCUACAGCGUGGCCCCCUGAGCUUGGAGCUCCGUCUACCUCACCUGACAGGCACCCAGGUGUUUGGGAGAUUUGGCAGCACUAUUACACCAUUGGGAGAUCUGAACCAGGAUGGUUUCAAUGAUGUGGCUAUCAGCUGUCCGUUUGGAGGGGAGGAUCAGCAGGGACUGGUCUACAUCUAUAAUGGAUACUCAGAAGGACUCAGGGAAAAGCCAUCUCAGGUUAUCACUGGCCAGUGGGCUGCUGGGACUAUUCCUGCCAGCUUUGGAUUUGCCCUCAGAGGUGCUAAGGACCUGGACAUGAAUGGAUACCCAGAUCUCAUAGUUGGUGCCUUUGGUGUUGAUAAGGCAGUUCUCUAUAGAUCCCGCCCAAUAGUUAACGCCAGUGCAACUCUGACAAUCUACCCCACCAUGAUCAACCCUGAAGAGAAGAACUGCAUGAUCACCAAUGGAAACACCAGCAUUCCUGUUUCCUGUGUCAACCUGAGUUUCUGCAUAUAUGCUGAUGGGAAGCACCUACCAGGCGUCCUAGAUUUCCAGGUGCAGGUACAGCUCGAUAGUCAUAAGCACAAGCAGAAAGGUGCAGUGAAGAGGGCUUUGUUCUUGGAUUCCCAACAGCCCUUGUUACAGAGGAGUGUGACGGUGCGCCAUGGGGAGCGUGUAUGCAACCACACGAAAAUCUACCUAAAGGAUGACAAAGAGUUCAGGGAUAAACUCUCCUCCAUUUAUGUUGCCUUGAACUUCAGUUUGGAUCCAAAAGCAGCAGCUGACUCCCACGGCCUGCGGCCCAUCCUCAACUAUCAGUCAACCAACGUAGUUGAGCAGAAGGCUCAGAUUCUUUUGGACUGUGGAGAGGACAACAUCUGUGUUCCUGACUUGAAGCUGAUAGUCCAAGGGAACAGGAAGGAAGUCUACCUGGGUGAUGACAACCCGCUAACCUUGACUUUCAACGCCAGGAAUGAGGGUGAGGGAGGGGCAUACGAGGCAGAGCUGUAUGUGGUGCUGCCCCCUGAAGCUGACUACAGCGGUAUUGGCCGCAAUAAUGAGAGCCUGACCCAGCUGACCUGCAGCUAUGAGACAGAGAACCAGACUCGAUACCUCCGCUGUGAUCUGGGCAACCCGAUGAAGUCUGGUACCAAUCUGUGGGCAGGCCUGCGCUUUACAGUGCCACGACUGAAGGAUGCGCACAAAACUGUUCAGUUUGAGCUGCAGAUCCGCAGUAAAAAUGAGAAUAAUUCCCACAGUGAGGUUGUACCUUACAAGCUGGAGGUGGUUGUUCAGGCUGAUGUCAUUCUACAUGGUGUGUCUCGACCAGAUAAGGUCUUUUUCCCACCGGCUAACUGGAGAGUGACCAAAAGCUAUGGGGUGGAACAGGAUGUCGGGCCUACAGUGGAACACAUCUAUGAGCUGGUGAACAACGGGCCCAGUAGGAUCAGCCACACCCUGCUUGAACUGCGCUGCCCCCUCACUGUCCAGGGUCACACUCUCCUUUACCCCCUGGAGUUCUCCACAGAAGGCCCCAUCAACUGCACCUCUGACAAACUCAUGAACCACCUACACCUCAAACUCCAGCGCACAUCCACAGAACCACCUAUCCUGGCACUGAAGGCACAUGAGCACCAUGUCGAGAGGAGGGACGUCCACAAGAAUCAGCUCGCCCAUUUGACUAACCUGUCCUGUUCUAAUGCGGAGUGCUGGACGUUCCAGUGCAACGUGGGUCUGCUGGAGAGGGGGACUACUGCUAUCCUAAAAGUGCGCUCUCGUGUCUGGGCUGAGACCUUCAUUGAGAGAGCUUACAAGCAAUAUGUGCUGGAGUGCCUGGCCAGAUACAGUGUGGAGAAGAUGCCUUAUGCCAUCCUACCCAGACAUGCUCCCAGUGGACACAAAAAGGUGGUGACCCCAGUGGUGUGGAACAAGCCAGAUAUCGAAAACUCAGUUCCUCUGUGGAUCAUCAUCUUGGCAAUUCUGGCUGGUUUACUGCUUCUGGCUCUCCUCAUCUACGUCCUAUACAAAUUCGGCUUCUUCAAGCGAUCUCUACCUUACGGCACUGCCAUGGAGAAAGCACAACUCAAACCACAGGCUGCCUCUGAGGCCUAGGUGACAGCAGAAGGUAUCAGAACCACAGAACCUGGCCAUAUGAUUGCAAUGGAGAAACACAAUGGAACAUGUAGAGUGGAUGGAAAGAGAGACCACUGGAACUCCACUGUGCUGCACUAGAUGAAGACAAAAAUCCAAAGAUCUCCAAGCCAAAUGAAUGUUUUUCUUUUUCUUUUUUAAUUUAUGUCUUGUUUGUUGGCAGGUUGGGAUUAUUACCAAAUAGAACUUUUUUCUCAAUGCCUCAAGGCUAUCAUGAGACUGAACAACAAAAAAAUGACUGCAAAAGAAGUGCAGGCUACCGUCAGCCUGCAGUUGCAGUGAGAUGCCUUUUGGGUUUUCUUUUUGUGGAUUCGUGUGAUUGAGAGUCCUGUGUUACCCCUUUAACUGCCUUAUUUUGGUGCUAAUGAUCUAAUAUGUUCACUGCCUCUGACAGGAUAUGGCUACAUGUAGCGUGUGGCAGCCAGGAGCUGUGAAUUACGCUGCCUGCUGAGGCCUGAAAGUGUUUUUCUGGUAUCUCCUGAAUACAUGGUUUUAUUGACAGAAGAUCAGUAAACAGGUUUCAGGUGGAAACAUUGACCUUGCUAUAGCAAAAGCAAUAUUAUCUGCAUAGAUGUUGAAACCUAUUCCAUUUAAUAGCUCAGCUUUUAUCACAAAAUUGUUCUCACACAAACGUUUUACAUAAAUUAGGCCCUGACCUGGGCUUAAAUUAUGUUCCCCUGAUUCUUACCUAAUGCGUGCUGGGAUAGGCUAAUCCAGCACCUUGCGUCCCUGAAUAGGAUAAGCGGGCAUAGAAAAGGCAUGGAUGGAUGUUCCUCAACUGUUCAUGAAAAUGAUCUCUCUCUGCCUCAGGUUGUUGGACAGCGCUGGGUUGAGUUGUUUUUGCACUCAAAGGAAAUCUACUGAUAUAAUUCCAGAGACACCUAUGACUGACUGACUGACCUUCCUUUGAGUUCUGAUUUUGACUUCUACUGAUCACUUUGUUUAAAUCCUGUUUGUUCAUGUUCAGAGUUACCAAUGCUGGCAUCGUCAUUGUUACGUAGUCGACUGGGAUGCGACUGGAACCACCACAGACCUGUGAAACCUCACAUUAGGCUUGGAGCAGUGUGGUGCUUCUGUCGAAAAAGUGGUCUUCUCCUAAAGAAUAUUUUGCAGCCUUGCACUCCUGCUCGGUUUGGGUUGGGCUCAUACAGCAUGCAGACCAUGUGCAAGCAAAUUACGCUUAGGGGAAACCACAGAGUUAAAAGCCAUGGCGCAAUGAUGUCUUGAACCAAAGACGGGACAAUCAGCAAUGUUGUAGCCCUGUCAGACAGUUUUAAUCUGAGAGCAGGCAGGAUUAUCACUCUUUGUGUGUGAAGGAUCCAUUUUCAGCUUACAGUGUGUGUUACUGUGAGAUACUGUAUUUUUGAUUGUCUUUUGAGUAAAAGCUGCCCAUGUGGUUAGAAAGAGAAGGGGCUGAAGUCAUCCCACUACCAAAAGGCUACAGGGACUAAACAUUAAAAUGCUUUGUGUUGGUUUCUUUUAUUUGUCAUGUAUAUAGAUUUUAUGUGCCUUAAAUGUAAAUACUUAAAUUCUGUGCGUUAGUUAGGGCUGAGUGUGCUUGUGUGUAUGAAUGUAUGUGUGACUUUGUGCAUACGUGCAUUUGUAUGAAUGGUAUAUUUAUGAAUGUUUGUUUUGUGUAUGAAUUGGUUAUUACCUUUCCCACUGCUUAGUCCUGUUAAUCCCUAUCACCUCUGUACCUUGAGAACAUUGAGGUUAAUUGAGGCAUUACUAUUAAUCAUGGUAGCAUAAAUACAAUCAGUAUUCAGGUUAAGUUGUUUAACUGCAUAGCAGCGAUUUAAAAUGCUUACAACCUCAGUGGAAAUAAAAACAAAUGUCUGUAAGACAGCCGUCCGGAUGUUAGCGUCCUACGGGAUGUCUUGUACCUCUACCAAAGGGAUAACAGCUAGGCACUGGGAACUAAAUGUUGUUUGGAAGUGCAAUAUUUAUAUUCACUCUUUUAUUACAGUGCUUUCUUUUGUUUUAUGUUUCAUUUGUGACUGAGUUGUGAUAACCCAGAACUUAAAAGUAUGUGAUUAACACAUACACUAAAUACGUUGGUGAGGUUCGGGCUUUUCACUUUCACUUGCUUUCUCACUAAGUGUGAAACCUUUUUAUUUUUAUUUUUUAAAUUUUUCCACUUCAUGAUAUACUCACCACUUCAUUGCUGGACCACUUUUUCUGAUCUUACUGAGUUUUAUACCACAGACUGACGCAGAAACUCAAACACAAGAAAAUAUCUAAGUUGAACUUGGGUAUGUUGACAUAGUUUGAUAAUUUAUGUGCUCUGCUGUUGCACCUGUCCAAACACCAACAUUAUACUCACCAUAUGUUUUAGAUUCAGCCUCAUCACACACUGUUCAUAUGGCCCAUCUUAUUGGAUAGUGAUUUACUAUUUGUCAAAUGGUCCACAAAAUCCCCAUUUGGUAAUUGAUUUAAAAUGUUUAACAUUGUCUGUAUGAAAAUUCUUUAUGGAACAUGUCAACCCAUUAUUUAUAAUGACAGGAGAUAAUUUUUCUACUUCCUCCAUGGUUACAUCAGGAGAAGGCACUGGGUUUUCUUCUCUUUUUCUUUUUAAAAUAAAAACAUGUUUUAGCCCAUUUUCACUCUCCGGGACUUCCAAAAAAGAAGUUGUACAUAUUUAUGACAAGGAGAGUAUUUUUGAAUUCAAAGGAUAACUGAUCUGUUGUGAAUUUUUCUCACCCCAUAUUGGGGAGAACAUUUUUGUCAGGGGGAAGGAUAGGGGGGUCUUUGGAGGUCA